AUUUAACUUUCCUUUCACCGGUUAUAUGCAAAUAACUGGUUUCUCAACAAUUUUCAGCUGAAGCCUUUUUAGGUUGAUCUGAAGGACUGUGAAGUAAUUUAAACUAUAACUUAAAAAUUAAUUUUUUUACAUUGGAUUUUUUUAGAAGUAUAAAAAAUGCUUGCUAAAAAGUUAAUGUUAAAUAGUUCAUUGAGAAGAACUUUCUUACAAUCUGCAAAGUCCACAGUGAGAAGAAAAGAGGUUAUAAUAAACGUUCCCUACGUGCAGAGCUUAGUGGUAAGAACAAACUUUGCAACAGAUGCAAAUGAACAGAAGGAAGAGUCUAUAAAGACAGAAGAUUACGAAAAGCUGGUGUCUCAAAAUGAAUUAUUAGUAAAGGAAGUUGCCGAAUUGAAAGAUAAGUAUACACGUUCCUUGGCAGAAAAUGAAAAUGUGCGCAGGAGAAACCAAAAGAUGUUAGAAGAUUCCAAACAGUAUUCGAUACAAAGCUUUUCAAAGGAUCUUUUAGAGGUUGCAGAUAUUCUGGAAAAGGCCGUAGAGAGUGUUCCGUCUGAAGAGACUAAAAAAAAUAGUCAUCUCAAAACAUUGUUCGAUGGAGUUGUAAUGACUGAAGUUCAACUCCAAACUGUAUUCAAAAAACAUGGUGUCACAAAAGUUCACCCUAUUAAGGAAAAAUUCGAUCCUAACUUCCAUGAAGCUGUAUUUCAGUUACCCGGAGAGGAAUCAGGAACAGUCGCUGUUGUUCAAAAAACAGGUUAUCGCUUACAUGAUCGACCGUUGCGUGCUGCACUUGUUGGUGUUGUUCAAUAACAAGCGUUUUAGACUCCAAAUUUGAAGUACCAAUCGUCCAUAAAAAUAUUUCUUUUGUAACUUCUUAUAAUAUGUAUUAACUUUGUUUAAACCAUAUAUAUAUACCAUUAUUAAAA